CUAGACUCUUAGAAGAUAGAUCGUUAUUGUGUUGGCUUCAUCCUCUCAAGAAACACACUACCGAAAAUGAAGCUGAUUAUCCUUGCUGGGCUCUUCGUUUGUGCAGCCGCCCCGCAGCGGACGAUGGUGUUGCCCCGUCUUCCCAUGUCGGUCAUCUUGAAUGGUAAAUACCAGCUGAUCCCGGAGGACAAGAUCGUCGGCGGUACGGAAGUGACCCCCAACUCGUUACCCUUCUUAAUCUCAUUGCAACGCAAAUUUUUGAAUACGUACACGCACUCGUGCGGGGGCACUAUCCUCAGCGAGUCUACUAUUCUCACCGCUGCUCAUUGCCUUGACGAGGUGGACCCUGAUCUGUUCCGUGUGGUUGCUGGAGAGCACAGCUUGUCCGUUGACAGCGGCAUCGAACAAAUGGGCAAACUGGAUAAUUACACUAUGCAUCCCGAAUUCGACCCCCUUACGUUAGAAAAUGACAUCGCUCUCAUCUACUUAAAAACGAGGAUGUAUUUGAACAUAAGCGAAACUGUCCAGCCUAUCAACUUGCCACCUCCGACUACAGAGCUUGAUCCUCCUGCUGGACUAAGCGUGACCGUUGCUGGAUGGGGAACCACCUCUGCCAGCGGAGACGUUUCCGACGUGCUGCUCAGCAUUGAAAUUCCUAUCGUCUCCGACGGCGAUUGUAAUGCUGCCUAUGCCGGAGAAUACAACACGCAUCCCGUCAAAGAAUCCAUGAUGUGUGCUGGUGGAGCUCCCGGUGGCAUUGAUGCCUGCCAGGGAGAUUCCGGCGGUCCUCUUUUCACCUCCGAUAAUGACGGAAAUGUCACCCAACACGGCAUCGUUUCAUGGGGACGUGGCUGUGGUCUGGCCGAUUAUCCAGGUGUCUACACACAGGUGUCUUACUUCCUUGAUUGGAUCAAUGCAGAAAUGAUGCCAUAAAUCAGCACAAAAGGAACUACCCAAGAUAAUAGCUGUUAGUCAGACCAAAAAUCUAAAAGCGUCAUGUGUUUACUUGUUCGCUUUGUGGACUACUAGUUGUAUGCUAUUGCACUGUCCUUUACAUCUAAGGACUGUUCUUUUUCCCGCAUCAAUACAGUUUCUGUCAUGGAAGUUAUAUAUA